UGCGCAUGCGCAGUGCGGUGUUGUCGCACGGCUGAGUGGGGUAAAGGUGAGCGGGAGCUAGCCGCUGCAACAACACCGACUGCUUCAGUUCCCGCUCCCGGAGCCGACAGAAGAGCCCUAACCACGCACUCAUGCGGUGAAAUCAACGCACGUUAACGCCACAAGAGUGAGAAGAAAUGGCUAAAAGUGCAUCAGAGAGUGUGCCUGAGCGGACCUUUCAGCACCAGAACAGUCUACCGCCGCUGCCCGUCCCAACGCUGGACGGCAGCCUUAACAAGUACCUGGAUGCAGUUCGUCCGUUUGCAUCCGAUGGAGAGUUUAAAGCUACCCUGGACAUCGUGGAGAAAUUUAAAGACGGCGUUGGCAAAGAGCUGCACCAGAAACUGCUGCAGAGAGCCGGCGCUCGGAGGAACUGGCUGGAGGAGUGGUGGCUGGACACGGCGUACCUGGAGGUCCGCGUCCCCUCGCAGCUGAACGUGAACUUUGGCGGCCCCGCACCGUACUUGGAGCAUUUCUGGCCCCCUGCAGAGGGCACGUCUCUGCAGAGGACCAGCGUCAUCACCUGGCACACCCUGCAGUACUGGGACCUGCUCCGCACGGAGAGACUGGCUCCUCAAAAAGCAAACCAAACCCCGAUGGAUAUGGAUCAGUUCAGGAUGCUCUUCUGCACCUGCAAGGUACCUGGAGUGAAGAAGGAUACUAUUCGUAACUACUUCAAAACAGAGAGCGAGGGUCCGUGUCCUUCUCACCUGGUGGUCAUGUGUCGCGGACGGAUGUUUACCUUUGAUGCUCUUUUUGACGGGCGGAUCCUCACUCCUCCAGAAAUCCUCAGACAGCUGAGCUACGUGAAGCAGCGCUGUGACGGCGAGUCAGAAGGAGACGGAGUGUCUGCUCUGACGUCAGACGACAGGACCCGUUGGGCGAAGGCAAGAGAGCAUCUAAUCAGCAUCGACCCACACAACAAGACCAUCCUGGAGACCAUCCAGAGCAGCCUGUUUGUCAUCUCCCUGGAUGAAACCAAACCCUACUCCACUCCAGAGAACUACACCAACCUGACGGUGGCAGCCCUCACGGGCGACCCCACCAUCCGUUGGGGCGAUAAGUCGUACAACUCCAUCUCGUUCUCUGAUGGCACUUUUGGAUCCACCUGUGAUCAUGCUCCGUAUGAUGCUAUGGUCCUGGUGUCCAUGUGCUGGUAUCUCGACGAGCAAGUCAGAGCUACGGAAGGCAAAUGGAAGGGUUCCGACGCAGUGAGACGGAUGCCACCUCCGGAGGAGCUGCUGUUCACCGUGGACGAGAAAGUCGUCGGUGACAUUAAUCACGCCAAACGGCAGUACCUGGAGUCGACCCAGAACCUUCAGAUCGUGUGUUACGCCUUCACCGCGUUCGGAAAAGCAGCCAUCAAGCAGAAGAAGCUGCAUCCAGACACGUUUGUUCAGCUGGCCAUGCAGCUAGCGUACUACAGACUGCACCACAAGCCAGGAAGUUGCUACGAGACGGCGACGACUCGAAGGUUUUAUCACGGCAGGACGGAGACGAUGAGGCCCUGCACCCAGGAGGCGGUGGACUGGUGCAAAGCCAUGAUGGACCCUGCGUCUGAUGUGAAAGCCAGGAGAAGAGCCAUGCUCGUGGCCUUCGAUAAACACAACAAUCUGAUGUCUGAAGCUCAAGAAGGGAAAGGUUUCGACAGGCAUCUUCUCGGUCUGUAUCUCAUCGCCAAAGAGGAGGGACGUCCUACUCCGGAGCUCUUCGCUGACCCUCUCUACUCGAGGAGCGGCGGCGGGGGGAACUUUGUGCUGUCGUCCAGUCUGGUGGGCUACACCACGGUUCUGGGUGCGGUGGCUCCCAUGGUGCUGCACGGAUACGGCUUCUUCUACCGCAUCAGAGACCACAGGAUUGUCAUCUCGAUCUCGGCGUGGAAAUCGUCCCGUCAGACGGACGCCGCUGCACUGUUCAACAACUUCUCCAGCUCCCUGCACGAGCUGCUCCACCUGGCCACCACCUCUCAGCUUUAAGGACUUGAAUUUAAAAGGAACAUAAAUAAUUUUGUUUCCCUGUUUGAGGAUCAAUGCACAUGCAGCUCAGUUUACACUGACCCGAUCAGCACAAAUCAAUGCUAAGGUGCAGAAUAUGUACCACUAAGUAAUCAGCACUAGAUAUGAAUUUACUGUUUUGUUCUUGUAAAUUUAAAUGGAAUGUUUAUUUUUGUUUUGUCUGAAUCAUACUGGUGACUCGUCUUUCUGCGCCUGCUUUAGACACACCGACACUCGUGUGUUUUGAAGCAAUGCAGAAAUGACUGUCGGGCCUGAUUUUAGUUGUGAAACUCCAGUUUAAAUCUAUCGAGUUUUGAGUUUGUCUCCAGAAUCUGCGGAGUCCUGAUUCGAUCAGAAAUCGCGUUUCCAUGGUUGCUUCCUGUCUGUAAGUCCUCUGUGUGUGUGUGUGUGUGUGUGUGUGUGUGUGUGUGUGUGUGUGUGUGUGUGUGUGUGUGUGUGUGUGUGUGUGUGUGUGUCAGGAA